CCACAGCUUUCAGGAUAAAUUUUAUUUUAAAAAAGAUCGAAACGCUGGCACAGACAUCUCAACGGAAAUCCCUAAGAACAAGUAGUACAUCCUACGGGAGAUGUUAUUCUACGAGGCAAUGUAGUUGAUUCUACUCGAGCAAUCCAAACUGGUCUCUGAGCAAACAAAAACGCAAUCAAGCCAGACGCCUUGUUUCAAGGAGGCUCCAUUUGGCGGCAUCUCCUUCAUUUCCGAUGAUACCAUCGCUCCUCUCAAAACGACGACACAUCAAAUCCGCAAAGCUUUUGCCGAUUGCUGCCAUCAAAUCAAUCAAGUCACGAUAACUAUCUUCAGGUUUUCUUUCGAUUCCUUCUUCCGAAAACAAUAUGGACCAACCCAGCUUGAAAAAGGAAGAUGUUGGAACGGCACCUUCUGCAGUUGCAGUUACCCAAACCCCUGCUGUUGUCGCCACCCCAGCCCCACUCCCGGUUGCAACCGUCGCUCCAGCAGCUCAAGCUGCUCCGGUUGUAGUGGCAGCACAACCAGCGGCAACGGCCGUGGAUGCAAACAAACGACCCGCUCCCGUUGGUAAUGGAUCCCUUGCUGCUCCGGCGCCGGUAGCGAAAAAGCCGAACACCGCCACCUCGGCCACCCCAAAUUCGAAAACACAGCUGCAGCAGCAAAUACAACAGCAGCUUCAGCAACAACUCCAGCAACAGCUCCAGGCGGCGGCGGCCCGCGGACAGCAGGCCAACAUUACCCCAGAACAGAUACAGGUAAGGGCAAGAGAGAGCGGGACAAUCGACACGACUAUUCAAUGCCUCUUGAAUAGGAAUUUUGUUGUUUUCAAACGAAAUGUUGUCAAUUUUUCUAAUGCAAUCUUGAUGCUACGUUUUCAUUCAUUUCGGAAUGCUGUGGAUGCCUUCUAAUCAUUUCCAAACAAACACAAAUGCAUCACCACGCAACAUAUGUAUCAUAUACUAUGCCUCGUCGCUACUUGCUUCGCUAGGCCCAAGCGCAAGCAAUGGUACAGGCCGCUGCCCAAGCCCAGGCCGUUGUGGCUGCUGCGAAGACUCGAGGCGACGGUCUCGUUCCUAUGAAUCAGAGCCAGAUCCACGCCCUCAGUCAAAUUCAAGCACAAGCUAUUGUUCAUGCCAGGAAGUCUCAAGGAACGCCACAACAAAUCCAAACACAGAUUCAGCUCCAGGGUGAGUGCAAAUGAAGAGAUAGCAUUAAGUUGGUCUUGUUAUUUUGUUUCGUAUUUUCUCUUCAUGUCGAAAUCUCACUAAUGUUUUUAUUUCCUCUUCCCCCCAUUGGUUUGACCUUAUCAAAAACGACUUGCACACACAGCUCAAGCCCUCGUCCACGCACACACACAGGCGCAGAUAGCUGCAGGUAUAUACAAGGGAGACGAAACUCCCAAAGAUAGCAACGCAGCAACCACUGCAUCGGCCAGAACAACGAUCACGGAAGUCAAGUCCACACCUACCGGCGUGCCGAAUCCAGUCAUGGGAUCACAGGGCAUUUUAACCCAAUCCUCCGUAGCGAGUCUACCCGCUGCAAUGGUCAACGGCACAGGAGACUCGCGCGCUGUGGAUCACAACAACGCCCUCUCAUCAGUGGACGACCAUCUCAUUCCUCCGGCCGCUGCUCCAUCUUCCUCGAGUCCUCAAUUCUUGGCCCAACUCAACGGAAGCCUUGAUAAAUUUUGGAAGGAGCAACUCGCGUCCGUGCAAGAACUCAAGGGACAGACCGAGCAGGAUUUCAAGACGCACAACGAUCUGCCCCUUGCACGUAUCAAGCGCAUCAUGAAGUCCGACGAGGACGUAAGAAUGAUUUCUGCCGAGGCACCCGUCCUAUUCGCCAAGGCAUGCGAACUUUUCAUCCUUGAUUUGAGCAUUCGAAGCUGGAACUAUUCCCAACUGCACAAACGACGAACUCUGCAAAAGGAGGAUAUUCGAGAGGCCAUUCAAAAGACUGACAUUUUCGACUUUUUGGUGGACGUUAUUUAAUGGUCUUGGAAUCGAAUCGAAUGAAAUGUUUUGAAAGUAAUGCGCUCUUGCAAUUUCUUUCUGAAUCGGGGAAUCAAUGACAUUCAGAUCC